ACGAGUCCUUCAUCCAGAAAUUCACUAACGCUUAUAUCAUCUGGAAUUUCUACUUUGGAUCAUAUCAUAGGUGGUGGAUUACCUGUUGGUUCCUUGUUUCUCAUUGAGGAAGAUCGGUAUGGCACAUAUGCAAAAGUUAUGAUAAAGCACUUUAUGGCAGAAAGUGUGGUUACAAAUCAACCGUUGUUAAUUGCAUCCAAAGAUACUAAACCAACACAGUUCGUGUCAGAAAUUCCAGCUGUUGCAGAAGAUACCAAAAAAUUUGAUCCACUUUCCUAUAAGAAAUAUAAGAAAGAUGAAGAAAUGCAAAUUGCAUGGAGAUAUCAACAUAUGCAUCUAAUGCAUACCUUAAUUAAAGGGAAUUAUUUUGGUCAUUACUAUGACCUUACAAAGCCAAUGAAAAAGGAAGUAAUUGAAAAAGCUGAUAUAACUCAGUGGUAUGAUGAUAGUUGUCCUGAAAAAGACAGUGGCUUUAACAAUAAGGCAUAUACAAAAUUACUAGUACAUAUUCAAGAAACUUUGAAAAAAGGACAAUAUUCAAUUUCAGAAAACCCACCAAAAAGACAGAUUCUAAGAGUUGUAAUUCACUCUUUAGGAUCAAAAUCAUGGUUUAGUGAUUCUGAAGAUGAUACACAUAAAGAUUUGCUAAAAUUUUUGUUUUUAUUUAGAGCACUUCUAAGGUACCAUUAUGCAGUUGGAAUGGUUACAGUACCUACAGAAGUGUUAGACAAUUCUAAUUCUAUUGUGGAACGAAUUGAACAUAUGUCAGACAUUGCAAUCAGGUUGGAAUCGUUUGCAGGCUCGCAAAAAGAAAGAAAUAUGUUAUUUAGAGAGUAUCAUGGCCUAUUGCAUUCUAGAAAAAUGCUUGCUUUGAAUACCAUAGGACCUCGUGAUCCAGAAUUAGUAGAUUUUGUAUUUAAAUUGCGUCGCAGCAAAUUUAUCAUCGAGGUUUUACAUAUACCACCUGAACUAGAGGAUACUACUGAAAUGGAACUACCUUUAGGAAUAUCAGUACCUGGAUGUUCUAAUCAGGGAUACAAAAAGUUGUUAGAUUUUUAA